AUGCCGCAUAAUGAUUCACUCCUCAUUGAUAUUAGAAUUGGCGAAUGCCAGGUCACGAAAGUUCUCGUCGACACCGGCAGCUCAGUCGAUCUUAUCUUUCGAGAUACGCUUGACAAGAUGGGGAUCGACCUACGCGAUAUGAAGCCCUCUUCACGCACUCUCACGGGGUUCAACGGUUCCUCGGAACGGAUGAUCGGGACAAUACGUCUCUCGGUUUACGCAAGGGACGUAACCCAGACCGUUAAGUUCUCUGUUAUCCGGGCUAAGGCGCCUUACAACGCUAUCCUCGGCACCCCUUGGUUACACUUCAUGAAGGCCAUUCCCUCUACUUAUCACAAGUGUGUAAAGUUUCCCGGGAAAGACGGAACACCACGGACGAUCCGUGGAGACCAACGAGCUGCGAGGGAGCUGCUUAUCGCUGCAGUCAAAUUACAACAGUCGGUUCCUCUCGUCAACUCAGUCGCCAAACCUAUUCAUAAGAUCUAUCCCCAGAAGGAAGAAGUCCGGGAGGUCCACAUCGAUGAAGCCGAUCCGACGAAAGUCAUACGCGUUGGAGCCUUCCUCUCCGACGAGAUGCAAUCACAGGUCAUCUCCUUCCUCAGAGCAAACGCUUCGACUUUCGCAUGGACAACUUCAGAUAUGAAGGGGAUAGACCCCAUCGUAGCGUCCCCCGAGUUGAACGUCGACCCUACGUUCAAACCUAUUCGGCAGAAAAGACGAAAGCUCGGACCUGAGCGGUCUAAAGCUGUGAAUGAAGAAGUCGACAGACUUCUCGAGGCAGGCUUCAUUGCCGAGGUCCGGUAUCCAGACUGGUUGGCCAAUCCGGUUGUAGUAAAGAAGAAAAACGGGAUGUGGCGCAUCUGUGUCGACUUCACUGAUCUAAACAAAGCUUGUCCCAAGGACAGCUACCCGCUUCCUCACAACGAUCGUUUGGUAGAGUCGACAGCCGGCAAACUCGGCGACACUAUGGAGGUUUACAUCGACGACAUGCUGGUCAAGUCACUCCACGCCGAAAACCACCUCGACCAUUUGAGAGACUGCUUCAGAACGUUGAACGAGUUUGGUAUGAAACUCAACCCGGCGAAGUGCAUCUGGGACAAAAAUGCGAAGAAGCGUUCAAUCAAUUGA